UUUCACAUGUCAAACGCUAUCAAAAAAAUUCAUUCACCAUUUACUCUUACCAAAUCUAUCCCAAUAGUUUUCCGGGAAUCUAAAUUCAAAUAUUUUCCCCUAUCGGUAGAUGAGAAACGCAAAAGGAGGAUCCACAAUGGUUGCGGAUAGGCCCAGUAAUGGUCUCCUCGCCCGGCCCAAAUUCGGAGCACUGUUGCAUUCCGAAUCCAAUGUCUUCUCGCCACGCCACAAAGCGUCCCACAUCGACGACGACAGCUUCACCGGCCACCGCCAAAGUAGCUCAUCGGCGAUGAGCCCGGGAUCAUCGGUCAGUGCUUCUCCCUACGCCAUGUCGCCUUGGAAUAAUCAAAACUCUUCUCCGUAUAACAAGUCUCCUUGGAUAACAGCCUCGCCGAUUAUUUUCACCCCUUACGAAGACCACGAGAGUUUUCCCCGUACUGGCUUAAUUCGGUCCAUUGUAAGAGAAGAGGGUCAUGUAUAUUCUUUAGCUGUUUCUGGGGACCUCCUCUAUACUGGAUCCGACAGCAAGAAUAUUCGAGUUUGGAAGAACAUGAGGGAGUUUUCCGGAUUUAAAUGCAGUAGCGGCUUGGUAAAAGCCAUUGUUAUCUCGGGUCAUAGGAUUUUUACGGGCCACCAGGACGGUAAGAUUCGAGUCUGGAAGGUCUCGCCCAAGAACCCGAGGGUCCACAAACGAAUCGGGAGCUUGCCCUCUUUCAGAGAUUUUGUCCGGAGCUCCAUGAACCCGAAAAAUUAUGUUGAGGUCAGGAGGCGACGGAAUGUUCUCCGGAUUAGGCAUUACGACGCUGUUUCAUGCAUGAGCUUGAACGAAGAGCAAGGGUUAUUGUACUCUGGGUCGUGGGACAAGACAAUCAAAGUCUGGCGAAUCGCAACGUCAAAGUGCUUGGAGUCCAUCACUGCUCACGAUGAUGCCGUAAAUUCCGUUGUUUCUGGGUUCGACUCGUUAGUUUUCACCGGCUCGGCUGAUGGUACUGUUAAAGUUUGGAGGAGAGAGCUUAACGGAGAAGGGACGAAGCAUUUCUUGGUUCAGAAUCUACUGAAGCAAGAGAACGCGGUGACGGCUCUGGCCGUGAACGUUGAAAACGCCAUCGUUUACUGUGGUUCGUCAGACGGGUUAGUCAAUUACUGGGAACGGGAGAAGCACUUGUCCCACGGUGGGAUCCUCAGGGGUCACAAGCUCGCUGUGCUUUGCCUCGCCGCUGCCGGAAACCUUGUCUUCAGCGGGUCUGCCGAUAAGAACAUUUGCGUCUGGAGGAGGGAGCCCAGUGGGGCCCACGCCUGUCUCUCAGUGUUAACGGGCCAUACUGGACCCGUGAAGUGUUUGGCAGUGGAGGAAGAUCGCGAUGAGAAUCGGGGCUCCGAAAAGGAUGGCGCUGAUGACCCGAACUGGGUGGUGUACAGCGGGAGCCUCGACAAGUCAGUUAAGGUGUGGCGCGUGUCGGAGCACGUACCGGAACUGAAUCAGGUGAGAGCGUGGGAGCAUCAGUACGGGAGUAGCGGCCAAGCUUCGCCGAAUGAAUCGGUGGUUAGUGGUCAGUCGAGCCUAAGGUCGGCCAGAGAAAGGAGCUUUAACCGUAGGCACAACCAAAAUCAAAAUUAAAGCAAUGCAACGUCUUAAGAACUUAAGAAGUAUCUCCGGGAACAACAAGCCAACGCGCUUUCGAGAAUUGUUGUACGUUACCCGCGAUUGGAUUGGUUCUGAGGUGGCGUAGCUUUCGUUUUGUGGUCCCCGGUAUAGUUGCAGAGACCGUACUAAUAACCUUCAUACGACGGGCACCGUCAUUCUUCAAAGAUUUCUGGACUCUUUUCCUCUGCAUCUCCCUCUUUUUUUUCCUACAUAACUACUACCCAAUAGAAGCAUGCCACGUAAGAAACAAUUCGUAACGAGACUGCACUUUGUGUGUCCCGCUCCCGAACCAGAAUUUACACAUGGUCGAUUUUCUUUUACUUCUUCAACUGCAAGUGUAAGUAUGAUUUUUUGUAUUUGCUUUUCUCUUGCAAAGUAGAAAUUUUUGCCUCAAAAAUGAAAAUUUUUAACAAUACCCGUGAAGAAGAAAAGUACAAUGUUAAAAGAUGUCAAAUCCCUUUCUAUUUAUGUAUUUAUUAUAUAUAUUAGUUAUUUUCUUAUUUUAUAAGUUUCAUGUCGUACGUAGUUAUAUUGUGACUUGUCCUAAUUCCUAAAGAAGAUCGAGUGAUCUAAUGUUGAAUUGUAUAUUUGCGUGUGCUUGUACAUAUUUGGUUUUGUUGGGUUUGACUUUGGUGUAUGGUAAUGAAUUUUUGUUCAAAUUUUUGUAAGUCGUA